GGGAGAGGAUAUGUAGCCAUAACUAUCCUUGACAUCAACGACAAUGCCCCUGAGUUUGCCAUGGAGUAUGAGACAACUGUCUGUGAAAAUGCUCAACCUGGCCAGAUCAUCCAGAAAAUCAGUGCAAUUGAUAAAGAUGACCCACCAAAUGGUCAUCAGUUCUACUUCAGUUUAACAGCAGAAGCAGCAAAUAACCAUAAUUUUACACUUCAGGACAACAAAGGAGAUGUAUCUCCCUACCUCUCAGAAGCGGUCAACCUGUAUUGAACACAAUAACACUGCAACUGUAUUAACCAGACGAAAUGGUUUCCGAAGACAGGAACAAUCUGUUUUCUACUUGCCAAUAUUCAUUGUGGACAGCGGAUCACCUUCACUUAGUAGCACUAAUACCCUCACCAUAAGAGUCUGUGACUGCGAUGCAGAUGGUAUUGCUCAGACAUGCAAUGCAGAGGCAUAUAUCUUGCCUGCGGGACUUAGCACUGGAGCCCUGAUAGCAAUAUUGGCUUGUGUUUUAACAUUGCUAGUUCUUGUCUUGCUGAUUGUCACCAUGAGGCGACGAAAAAAAGAGCCCCUCAUUUUUGAUGAAGAGAGAGAUAUCAGAGAAAAUAUUGUCAGAUAUGAUGAUGAGGGUGGUGGAGAAGAAGACACUGAGGCUUUUGACAUGGCUGCCUUAAGAAACCUCAACAUCAUCCGAGACACCAAGACCAGGAGGGAUGUGACACCUGAGAUUCAGUUCUUGAGCAGACCGACUUUUAAAAGCAUCCCAGAUAAUGUCAUUUUUAGGGAAUUUAUCUGGGAGAGACUAAAAGAAGCUGAUGUGGACCCUUGUGCACCACCCUACGACUCCCUGCAGACAUAUGCGUUUGAGGGGAAUGGCUCAGUGGCAGAGUCACUCAGCUCAUUAGAUUCAAUAAGCUCAAACUCUGACCAGAACUAUGAUUACCUCAGUGACUGGGGUCCUCGCUUUAAAAGGCUUGCAGAUAUGUAUGGGAGUGGUCCAGACUGCUUAUACUCAUAGCCUUGGAAUCUUUCUCUGAAAACGCACUGAGGAAUACUAAAACAAAAUAUCUCAACCUUACAGACAGAAGAAAGUUGUAAAUACUUCUCCAUUUUUAAUAUUUUAGGUUCUUUUUUUUGCCUUGGUGGAGCAUACCUUCAUUAGACUUGUCCUAGAGACUGCACUGACCACAAAGAAUAUGAGCAUUUGAUAUCAUUUUUAAUAAAAUGAAAUGCUCAGACACAUUCAAGUAGAUAGCAACCCUUACAUACCUGCAGAGGUAAAUCACUUUCAAGAGUAUGCUAUGCACUGUGACCUCAAUGAGUCAAUUACAUUCUGCAGAUGCCUUCACAGUAUUGCUAUGUCUAGAGCACAGAGUCGAUGAUAUAUGUGUUAAAAGCAUGAAAUUUUUUAAAAAUUGCAUAUUCCAGUACAUUAAAAUAUAUAGGAUUUGCAAAACUUUCUAGCCAAUUUUCAUUACAAUGAACUAAACUAAAAAGCAGAAGACAGACAUGAAAACAAACAAAAAAUUUGUUUGUCCCUGUUUGCUUUCAAAUCAGUGUAAUGGUAAACUUCUGUACAUUUCUGGGCAGAUUUAUGAAAAAUAAAAUUGCAGUUUAUUCUAAGAAAUUCCAAAUUUGUCAUCAACAUACUGGAGUAUUUUAUAAGCCACAUAAAAUGAUAAAUAUGGAGGAAUGUCCUUAAGGUUGAAAAGUUUUGUGAUGCUCAUGUAGGUAUAUUUAAGGUGUUGCUAUCUAUUUGUUAUUUUUUAUUAUCUCUUCUGAUUUGUACAGGAGAAUUUAUCCUUUUUUAUUAUUAUUUGACAUAAAGCAUUAUAUUUAUUUUGGAGCUCUAAUCUCCACUAAAUCCAGGUCCAUUUUACUGCCUCAUGGUAUUAGACUUGUCAGAACAUACUGAAUUUUCUCCAGUCUCGGAUAAAUGUAGGAAAUGAAGCAUGGAAAUGGAGAAAUUACAGUAAAGAAAUUGAGCCCACCAUUCAUCUCUCAGAGAGGAGAGCAGCUACAAGGACAUGCAGUUGUUCUUCUGAGCCAUUACAAAGUCUGAGACAUUUAAAUAAAAUAUUUGUACAUUGCAUUUUUGGAAAGAAGGCUACAGAGGUAGCUGGGAGUGUUAUUAAAGCAAGAUUUAAUUUCAAGGUCAAACAUCCUAUAUGCUUCAAAGACUGCUUUUCUCCCUCCCUUUAUCUUUUGCUGCUGAUGAAUCACAGUAAAAGACUUUUAAAUUUCUUUCUUAUGUUAAGCAAUGUAAUACUAUUAACUCCAGAAACCACCUUUAGAUCUUGCUGCACACUUGUAUUUUCCCCAAAAGUGUUGUCUCAGUAAACAAAUUUCUACAGUGGUUCAGGAGUGCCAAAACAGAAGGAUAACUGCUGUUGGUUAAAAUAUUGUAUCAUUUUAAGUAGGAUUUCUUAGAAUAAGACAACUUUUUAAUGAUUCUAUUUAUACUUCAUCUUUCAUGUUUUAUUAUUAUAUAACAAGGCACAUAUACCAGUAAGCUAGUGUUUUUAAGUAUUCCUUCAGAUUGUUUUGUUUUAGGUAAUCUGUAGAUGAAUUCCUAAGUUAGACUCUACUCCUGCAAAAUCUUUUGCUUAUACCUAACUUGCAAUGAUUUGACUUGCCAGCAAUUACUGAGAGGUAUUCAGAAUUGUUUGUAGGAUUUUAUUUGUGAAUAGAAGGUACUCCACAAAGAAUGAUGCUCACUCUAAAAGUACUUCUUUCAGAAAGAAAGAUUAUUGUACUAAAAUUCUGAUGUAUGGGUGACACAAGGCUGGGAAAAGGGAAAUUAAGGUUAUUGAUUUUUUGUAUCCCAGCAGUACCAAUUAACUAUAUGAAAAUGGCCUUCAUCUUCGUCAGAGAAAAACAAAAUAAUUUUAAUAAUCUGCAACACAGAUAUUUAAUUUUGAAUUACAUCUUGGUAGACAAUCAUUUAUUCACACAAUUCAGUAGAUUUGCUUCUAGUUGUACUAAAUAUAUAUAUAUACGUAUAUAUAUAUGACAGAUUUUGUAAUGGAACUGAAAGAUAUUGCCCAUGACUUUUAGUCAUACGUGUAAGAUUUUUCAAUAAAAAAUGACAAACAAAAACAAAAAAGAAAAAAAAAAAAGGAGAGUGAUCCAUGUGUUCAGUGACAGUGAGAUAUAGUUAAGCAAGAAUUAAAUCAGCAAGGUAUUAAAAUAACAGUUUUUUUAUUCCUCUUUCUGUUUCUGGGAAGAUAAUUCCUUAAUCUGGAUUACAAGGCAACAAUGAUGAUUUUAGCACACAACACUCAAAGGAGAUUUAAAUCUGGUUUAGAGUAAGCAGCCCAAUUCCCUUGCUUUUCUACUUUAUAUGCCUGGUGAGGGAAACAAACAAACGAACAAACAAGCAAACAAACAAACAAAACUAAAAGAAAAAGCUCCUUUGUUAUGAAGCUAAUUUAUUUUUGUGUAUGUAUGUGCUUUCUUUGGGGAAAAAAAAAAAAUGUUUCUGUCUAUUUAACACUAUCCAAACUCACUAUUAUAUAUGCUUACUGUUGCACAGUUCUAAAAUAUUCCAGUAUUUUAUUAUUAUUAUUAUUUCCAUUAAGUAUGCUUACCUAUUAACAUAUUAUUGCAGUAAGAGAGAAAGAGAGAAAUUCCAUAUAUUUGGUGACAGAUGUUACUGUACUAUAUACAUAUGGUAUGCAAAAUACAUUCACUACAUACUGCUCUCUGUAACUUACCAGAUAUAUGGGUUUUCAUGGGUUAUAUUCUGAUUCAAAUUCUUCUUUUGCAGUCAUUUGUGAUAACGUGCUGUCAUAAAUUAUAUUUUUCUGAACAAAUAAUGGAAAAUAUAAGACAUAUAUUUUCUAUCCAAGAAAAAAAUCAGAAUUAUUUGAGUGAAUUAAUUAGACAAGCUGUUUUAAAAGAAUUUCCAUUUUAUUUAUUAGUUGAUCUUUCUAAAAAUUCCAGUAUGACCUACAGGCCACAAUUCCUACUUAAAAACCUCUCAAACUCUGCAUCAACUUCUAGCAUAUAGUGAAAUACCAUCAUCUGUUUCCUUCUCCUUGAUGGCAACUGAAAAGUUUUUUUCUAAACUGAGAUUUCCAAGCCCCUUUAAAAGUUUAUGGCUUUAAGAGAGCUACUAAAAAUAUGACACCAUGAAGAUUUAAGGCAAAACUCAGCUUUAACCUCUGUAAAAUCUAUGAAAUUCAAAACAACUAUAUUGUUGUAGGCAGUGGACAUUCUGAUCUACAUAUAUUUUUUAUUUAAAAGAAUGAACUUACUAAAUUUAGUAUAUUUAUUGUAUUAAGUUAUAUUCUCAUUCACCUAUAACACUGGUCUUCCUAAUAAUUCCUGUGGCUGGGCUGAUAAAAUUACUAGAUAACAAGAUAACUAUAUGAAAAUUCCCAUUCUCCAAAGUAUUAAAAAAUAAUGUAUUAUUGAUUCUUCUUUGCAUGUUGUUCUUUUCAUUGUUUUGAAAGCUAGGACUGUCAUUCAUAGGAAUUUCUCUUAAAAUUCAAGAUGUCCUUAUUAUUAUUUUAUUCUAUUAACUCUACACGCAUAAGCAUACAUCAAUAACAAAAUAUAUCCCAUCCUUCUUUUUUUUUUUUUCCUUCUUCUCCCUUUCUCCCUCGUCCCCCUUCCCCCCUCCUUCCCUCCCCUCUUGUCCUCUCCCUUCCCCAUCCUCUCCCAUCUCCUCCUCUCCACUUCCCUCUUUGACCUGUGAAGUUUUUUGUUGGUGUUUGUUGUUGUUGCUCUUUGGGGCUUUUCUUUGCUGAUAAAUCUGUUAUUCUUGGUGAAAGGCUUAUGUUUGGAUAAGUUACCUCUUAUUUUUUUAAUUUUUUCUUCUUCUUCUGGUCAAACCAUAACAGCUAAGUAUAUCCUGACUUUUCUGCAGUCUUGACUAGAAACUCACCUUCUAUUAAUGGGAAAGAAGGAAGUCCUGAAAUUUUUCCUUCUGUUGAUGUCAAGAAGCUACAGGGAAAAAGUUAAACGCAACAGUAGCAGACUGCAGUGAAACUAAUGUUUCACAAACGCUGCAGUAAAUCUGCUAUUGGUACUGUUCAAAUCAUGAUUUAGAUGUAAUCUUACAACUUCACAUAUGCUGUCAUUUGAUAGCACUACAAUCAGUAAUAUUUACACACUUAUCUUAGAUUUUAGAAUUCUUGAGGUUCUUUACUGAGUAAUUUCAGCAUUAUUAGUUAUGUCAUGUUCUUGAGGCAUGGAAAAAGGGAGAAAACUUACAAAUAGUAAAACAUCAUGAAUUCAAAAUGUCUCUGUGUGCACUGACUUUUAAUACAGUACUUUAACCAUUGCCAUCCCUCAGUGCUCCCUAAUACCUUGAUAUCUUUUCCUGUCAUUGAGACCAGCUACUCAUUUAUGAACAUGUAUGACAUCUAGCCAGGUAUUAUAGACCAUUUAAGUCUGACAAGAAUGAUCAGUCUGAAUUUUAAUGUCCUCAUCAUUACUUAAUCAUCAAAAUAUCCUUUAUUAUUAUCACACUGUCGAAAUUCUAUGAAGUGUUUACUGAUGUACCUAGAUGUUAGGUGAAAUCCUGAUCAUGUUGAAGUACCAGCAAGAUGACUUUCAAGAGGCAUCAAGAUUUAUACAUUGUUAGAAGAGACUGAUAAAAGACCACUGACAGAAUCAAAGUGAGAGAAUUUCAAAUUGAACGUGAUGCUCCUUCUUCUUACACAAUCUCUUAUUGUUCUUUCCCUUUCUAGGAGCUGCAAUCCCCUUCUUUUUAUGGUAAUACAAAUACUUUAGUAGAAUAUUUUUUUUUAAUAGUGUAAACUAUUUUCUGCCAGCUUGGUUCACAUAACCUUGCUGUAGCAAACAGUGCCCUUGCUGUGAAAGUUCAUUUCUGAUAUCUGUGCACAUGCUAAAUAUAGCUCUUCCUCCCUAUAAAUAAGGACAUAUAGAAUUUCCAUGCUACCAAAAUCAAAUUAUGACACUUCUUUUUUAAAAUGACUUUGUGACCAUCUGUAGCUUUAUUUAUGUCCACAACUGUAGGUACAACCUAAACAGAUCAUAAUUUUCCUGUUUCACAGUCUGUUGGCUCACUGUUUCUUGAGAUUUUACUAACACAGAAAGGGAAGGUAGAAAAAAAAAAGACAGAGAAAUUAAGAGGAAGUGGUAUUUUUAUUGCUUCAUACAUGACCUAAUGAUGUGAAAAAUAACAUUGUACCAGAUGCUACUGGAGUAUAAUUUCCUCUGAGGUAAUAAUGUUUCCAUAAAGUGGAAGGAUAAUUUCCAACAUUCUAGAGUAGUUGGCCUAGUCUCAUCUUCAUAGAAAAAGAAAUAACUAUAAAGGAGAAAGAUUAAAACUUUAAGUGGCAAUCUUAGUAUGUAGCUUGCUAUUCUUCAAAAGGUUUUUUUCCGUGUUCGUGUGUAAUGAACUCCUGAAUGGAUAACUCAUGAUAUCUAAUAUAUUGAUGUGGUUACCAUUUCUAUGUAUGAAUGUCUGGAUAUUUGUUCAUAUUUUUGUUCCCCUAAAUUUCUAGUAGAUCUUUAUUGUGACAUAUAGAAUACAGCUACAAGGAUGAGAAAGUACUGUAUAUUUGCUACCAAGGACAAUGUGAAGAUUCAAGCAGUGAAAAAAAAAUGACUUAAAAACAGUUUAGUUAAAGGUGAACAUUUUGUCCCCCCAUUUAUUUUCUCCUCUUCUGUCCUCUGUCUCCUCAAAGAUAAUGUAUGACACUUAAGCUUUUGCUAACAUAUCAUUUUGCUGUUUUGGGUACACAUUCAUUAUCUUUUGUAGUAGUCACACAUAGAAGGUAAAAGGAGAACAAGCUAGCAUCAGAGUCAAAGCUCAAGAAUUAAGGAAAAGGUUUAAUAGAUUCAUAUUCUUUACUGCUAUAUGGCCUUGAAAAACUUGCUUCAUCAAUAUUUCUUUUUUACUGUGGCUUAAUACAGGUCAGUAUACUUUAUUGGUACUCCAACAUUAACAUAGAACUUGUUGGCUUAUGCACAAAGAAUUUUCAUGAAAUAAUUUCCAUUCAAAUAACUGCAACAAAAAUCUAGGACUAUUUCAACAUUCAAACGACACAGUUUCUUGGAAAUAAAAAGAUACAACCAAAAAAAAAAUCAGAAUUUUUGUCUUUAUGGAUAGAUAUAUAUACAGAGAAGACAGGAAUGGAACCUUUUAGCAUUUAACAUCUAUAGUCAAUGUGUACGUAAAUACAACUGAGAACAACUGAAAGCAAGACAAAAACAGAGGAGGCAUCCUUCAGUGACACAGACUUUAUUCAAGUUCAUCUAGCCAUUUAUCGCUAUUUGUUAAAAAUUGCUUUAUUCUGGUGUGGUCUCUGUGUUCUACAAAACCCCAAAAUUCAAAAACUGGAAAGAAUUCUUGUCUUCUGGUCAACUUGCGCUCAUGAAGAGAUAGAAACAGGGAGGGUUCAGAUUGGGUAUUAGGAAAAAAUAAUUCUCAGAAAGAUUAGUGAGGCAAUGGAACAGGCUACCCAGGGAGAUGGUAUAGUCAUCAUCCCAGAGGUGUUCAACAAAAGUGUAGAUGUGGUACUGAGAGUUAGUGGGCAUGGUGGAGAUGAGUUACUGGUUGGACUUGAUGAUAUUGAUGGUCUUCACCAACCUUAAUAAUUCCGUGAGUCUAUGAUUCUAUGAUUCUGCAUAUCAAAGCUGUGGUUGACUGUCAGUCUGUUUUCACCUACAAUUCAGUUACCAUAAGCCUGAAGAUGUGCAGAAACCAUGCAAAAUGACAAGGUCUUGCUGCCUUAAUAUGCAUCCUUUCCUACAUGCAUCCAUUAUUUACCUCUUUCUCAAGUUAAUUCCAAGAGGAAAGUUUUAUCUAAUUGAAUUAUUUUUGUAUUGUACUUCAUAUACUUGGUCCCAGAAUCUUAUCAGACCUUCAAAACAGAAAUGUAAUGCUACUAUUACAUUUGCUACUACUACUAAUAAUAAUGCCAGGGAAAUUAGAGACAUUAGUGGACGUUAGUCAGAAAAAGAAGUUAUCUGGCCAGCUUUGUCGCUGCUUUGCUCUGAUUGAUUUAUUCCAUCCAUCUUCAGCAUCUCUUGUUAUAGAGCUCUGAAGAGGAAAAGAGUGUUUCCCUUAUUUUUGAGAAUAAAAAUUGCAUGGUAACUUUUACAUAAUAAAUGUGGGAUUGUUGUAAUUGUUAAUUAUUAUUAUUUUGUUAUUUUGUUUUGUUUUGUUUAAUAAUAACUAUGAAAACAUACUCCUGGAAUAAGUCAGGAGUAAACAGCUCCUAAGUCAGCAGCAAUGUGAUUUCUGUGUUAUAUAAUAUGAUGACAAAGGAGUAUCAGGAGUCAACAAGCAUUCCUGAAACUGAUUAGGCAUUAGGAAAACAUGAAUACAAUGCAAUGACCAUGCUAGAAAAAAUAUUAUAGGAAAAAAAAAUGGCCAAUAUUUUACAAGUUGUAUUACAGUGGAAGAAGCCAUCUUUGUAAGUAAUCAAAAAAGGUUUGGAAAAUUUAUAUUUUUAUCUUUUAAUUUAUUUCAACAACUGAAUCUUGCUAAAGUAAAAUGUAUUUUGGUACGCCUAACAUUUAAUUAAUCUGAGAUUUGUAAAUAUAAAGUUUAUUAACUUUGAGGCUCUAUCAGAGGAGGGAAAGUGUUUUUACACUAUUUGCUAUUUAAUCAUAAAAAACUAUAGUUUUGUAAAUUUUAAAAUACAUAUCUCCAUUUCGAUAAAUGUGAAAUUAAUGUCACCUUCAAUAGCAAGUUAUAUUGGCAAAGCAACAUGUGGGAAAAGCCUGCAGUCUUGAAUAGACUACGUCAUUCUAUAAUGCCUCUGAAGUUUAUCUACCAUGUACAUCAGGAAUUACUGUCCUGCUGUAAGUGAAAAGAAGGCAGCUUAGGUAAGCUAUAAUUAACUCCAGUACUAAAAUAGGUUUGGUUCUGUCACUUUUUCUUUUUUAUUUGAUGGUGGAUGGAAGUGAUAUAAAUAAGUUAAUACAAACAAAAUUGGUACACUGGUCAUUUUAAACUUGAUCAAAAUCUCUAACAAUGGUUUAUGUGAAAUAAUUUGCAAGAUUUGAGCCCCUAAACCAGGAGUGUUCAAUUUUUUUCUAACAGUGACUUGAAAGGAAUGCCAGUGCUGUGACACUUAAAUAAUUUUCUAGUCUAUUUAGUUCUAUUUAGAACCUCAUAGGACAUGUUUUUCACUGUUUGCUUUUAACAUGCUUAAAAAAAAAAAAAAAAAGUCAACAAAGGACAUAGAAGAUCAAAAAGCUCAAAGAUGACUUUUUCUAACUACAACAGUUAUUAGGAUACUUUAUUUGUCAUCCAAUAGUUGAUGCAGUACGUUGACAAUAACUUUGUACUAGAAUGGCAGUGAAUCAAUCCAGAGAACAGGGUGUCUCUCCGUGAAUAAGGCUACAAUUAACUCUUCAAAAAUAUUUAGGUGCAUGAUCCAGCGUACAGCAACUAAACACAUCUAAAGACUAGAAGCAGAGCUGUUCCCUCAUAUUCUAAAUUCUCUAGAGAUCAGACAUCUGAGCACAACACCUUUUAGGCAACAAAAUUUGGCAAGACUCUCUACCUUAGGAAAUUUAGUUAACAGAAGUAAAAUCUCAUACAUAACUAACUUUUUACGUAUUUUGUUAUUAUAAGGAAAGUGAUCAUACUAAUCAUUUAUCUAUAAAUGUCCAAAACAUAACAUGAAACUUAAGCUGUACAUUUCUCAUUAAAACUACAUUAUUUAUAAAGCUUCCUUAACCUUUCUUGGGAAUCUUUGAUAGUUCAUAAUGAAUUAUCUUAUAAUUCUUAAUUAUUUUUAAAUUGCUAUCCCUCCUUUCUCUACCUGCUGCAUCAAGAAUGGUGUAGUUGGUCAAUAAUAAAGAUUGUUGGUGGGU